ACUAUGCGUGACAAUUAUUAGAACGACGAGUCCGCAGAGAUCAUCCGUCAGUAUUCUAUGAACGUCCCACCAUGCAGGUCACCGUCUACCUAGCAGUUCUGCUGGGUAUCAUGCAGAUCUCCAGCGCCGCCAACCUCACCAAUCCGGGAACUCACCAGAACCAAAAGUACAAAAUCCACGUUACGAAACUCGUAUGCCUGGAACAACCGUACAAGCUCACAACUCUGCACGCCUGCAAAGUCCGGCUGCGCCGGAACCAACCCACGCUGAUCACGAUUGAAAUGGACGUCCCGGUCUUGCUGAACAAGGUGUUCCUCGAGUUCAAGAUGAACUACAAGCUCGCAACGUACCAGCCCAUGAUGAUGCAAUUUACGACCGAAGUAUGCAACUAUUACCGGCUACCCAAGGGGACGGAACCCGUGGUGGACUACAUAAACGCCGGGUUGAAGGUUUACGUCCCGGAGAUUGUGCAUCCCUGUCCGUAUGGGAAGCGGUACUACAACUUAUCGAACUGGAUACUGGACGAAAGGUAUGUUCCGGUUUCUAUGCCCGCCGGAGAUUACCGCUUGGAUGCUAGGGUCUCCAACAAGGACAACGUAACGCUGAUCAACUUUCAGUUGUUCGCUACGAUCCGAUCAAAGGGAAUCACUCCGAUAUCGUUGCUGGAUUGGUAGUUGGUAAGAUUGUAUUUCAGCGUUCUUUAGGUAUCCUAUGAACCUGGUUAAGGUGGUAUUCGAUUGCGGGAAACUUUUGAAACUUUUGGCUUUGGUAGCAAAUAAAUCAAAUUUUACCUAUUCUAAUCAUGAAGAUCACCAAGAUCUACCAGCUUUCAAGGCUGAUCCCCAUAUCAUAUCAACUGCGUCAUCCCUCUGAAGUGACUCCCAACAAAGUUGACCUCAUUCCGGAAUCAACAUCAAAUCAUCAUCGUUCAGCUCAUCUCCAAGCGGGCGCGAGCGCGCGCCCUCGGGCGUUGAAACAAUGCAAUUUAUUUUGAUUAAGUCUCGGCCAGGCCCGUCACCGCGUUCAUUGGAGCUGGGCGAGACGCUUAAUUGGAUAAGUGCAUCCCUGUCCUGUCC